UAAUUUGAAACGGCUUUUCGCUUUACUCCGAAACCGAUCAACUGAGCAAGCAAAAAUGUGUUGCGGCGAUGGCGAUUGCAGACCUUUGGGCUUCCUACUCGGUCUCCCCUUCGCUUUCCUCUCUCUUCUUCUCUCCAUCAUCGGUAUCGUCGUCUGGAUCGUCGGAUUGUUGUUGACAUGCAUAUGUCCGUGCUGUUUGUGCGUUACGGUGCUGGUUGAAAUCGCAAUUGAGUUGAUCAAGGCUCCGAUUCAUGUCAUGGAGUGGUUUAUGUCGAAGAUUCCUUGUUGAUUUUGCUUAUAAGUGUGUGUUAGUAAAUGUGUUUUUAGCGGUGAGUUCUAGAUGCUUCUGUUGAUGUUGGUAAUUUGGCGAUUUCAUAGGGUUUUAUCGAGGUUUUGAAUUAUUUUGUGUAUGUUAUCGGUUGAUUUAUGAUAUUAUUUGUUUAUUGAUGUAUGUUGCUUGUUG